CUCCACUCUUUCCCACCCGUGAAACUUUUCUCACGCGCACCCAUUCAACCCACCACCCACCCAUCACCCCUUCCUUCCUUCCUCUCCUUUCCUUUCUCUGUCCCUCGAAGCUUCUCCGAUUUCAGACGCAACCCCGCGGGGUCAAGGAGCCAGCCAGAGGGGGGAACGCAGGCGCAGCGAGCGUUCUGCCGGAGAUCGAAACCCUAGCUAGGGUUUGAGGGCGCCGGGCUGCGGCGGCGGCGGUCGAGAUGUCGACGCCGGCGAGGAAGCGGCUGAUGCGGGACUUCAAGCGGCUGCAGCAGGACCCGCCCGCCGGGAUCAGCGGCGCGCCCCAUGACAACAACAUCAUGCUCUGGAACGCCGUCAUAUUCGGGCCAGAUGAUACGCCGUGGGACGGAGGCACGUUCAAGCUUACUUUGCAGUUUACAGAAGAUUACCCGAACAAACCACCAACUGUUCGGUUUGUCUCUAGGAUGUUUCACCCAAAUAUAUAUGCUGAUGGAAGCAUAUGCUUGGAUAUCCUACAGAACCAGUGGAGUCCUAUAUAUGAUGUUGCUGCAAUUUUGACUUCUAUUCAGUCUCUGCUGUGUGAUCCAAACCCAAACUCCCCUGCAAACUCAGAAGCCGCAAGACUGUUCAGUGAGAACAAGCGGGAGUACAACCGCAAAGUCCGUGAGAUUGUGGAGCAGAGCUGGACAGCCGACUAGUGCAGGGGGUUGCUCAUCGUGCUCGAAAGGGCACAAUAAGAAAUCAUGAAAAAAAAACCCUGCUUGUGUUUCUGGUUCGCCAGGCUUGUCGAAACAUUGAAGAACCCAGUGAUUGGUUUUCUAGUCUGUCGUUGUCGUGGUUUUGCCCCAAUCAAGAGCCCCGGUUGCUCAUGGUGGUGGCUGACCUGUCGUAAUGUAGCGGUUGUUGUUGACCUAUAUCUUCUCAUGAAUUAAAUGGAUCCUGCCUAUGUACAAAAAUUAUAGCGUCGGAAUGGUUGUUUGAUGGACCCCUGAAA